CUGCAUUGAGUAGUAUCGUCAUAGCUGCGUACGCGUUUUGAGCGAAAUAUUUUGUGCUGCUGCCGUUUGCCUGCCACAAAUAGACAAAAAAAAAUAAAAAACACCAAACCUGAGCCAGCUAAGCGCGCGCAUUAACAUAAAAUAGCAAACGCAAUUAAAUGAUUGGCAAUUUCGUGCGAGAAGCGUACAACUGGCAAGCGUCGCAACAUUUUUUAUACACACAUCUCUAGUGCAAUAUAAGUGGCAGUUGCCAGUGCCAGUGGCAAGCGGACGGACAGCAGACGACAACAGACAAAAAAAGACUCACACCGACGCUCACACACACACGCGCGCGCGCUCACUCUCGCCCCGAGUGUCUGUGUUUAUGUGUGUGCGUGUGUGUGUGUAUAAGCAAAACGAGUGCAAUUGAUUUUCGUAUAAAUUACUCGCUACUCGGCAUCGCUGCUUUGGCACUCGCAAACGGACUCGAACUCGCACUCGCACUCGCACUCGAACUUGGACUCGGACUCGGACUCGGAUUUGGAACUGGCGAGCCGCUACUCGAGUGAUACCGCAUCUCGUUGGCGUACAUAAACAAACUCAAUUCAAUACUGAAAAACUCAAAACAAAACGGGCGAAACAUAAACAAAAACACUAUUUAAAAUCCGUGGCAGAUCGAAUCAAGCGAGCUGCAGAAUCGAAAAGUAUGUCGGCAGCCGGAGAUGCGGGCGCCGGUGCCGCAAAUGGCAGCAACAACGUCGCCGUCGUCCAGGCAACGGUCAGCGUGAGCGGCAACAUAAGCGUGGGUGACGGCAGCCCCAACAACAACAACAACAACAACGCGAACGGCAACACGAACGGCAACAGCAACAACAAUGGCUCGACGGCGGGCAGCUCAAAGGGGCAGCUGCCGCUGACGCCGCGCUUCACCGCCGAGGAGAAGGACGUGCUCUACACGCUGUUCCAUCUGCACGAGGAGGUCAUCGACAUCAAGCACAGAAAGAAGCAGCGCAACAAGUACUCCGUCCGCGAUACCUGGGACAAGAUUGUGCGCGACUUCAAUUCGCAUCCGCAUGUCAGCGCCAUGCGCAACAUCAAGCAAAUACAAAAGUUCUGGCUGAAUUCCCGUCUGCGCAAACAGUAUCCAUAUCGGGAUGGCAGCGCAUCGGGUGGCAGCGCAGCGCUGGGCAAGGUGGGCACCGUCUCGGCCAGCGCCCAACAGCAACAGCAGCAGCAACAACAACAACAGCAGCAACAGCAGCAGCAGCAGCAUCACGACAGCGUCAAGGUGGAGCCGGAGUAUCAAAUCAGUCCCGAGGCGUCCGAGCAUAAUCCGCAGGGCGAGCCCUUCGACGAGAUCGAAAUGGAUGGCAACGAUGUCAGCGAAAUGGAGGAUGAUCCGCUCGAGGCACAGCAGCAACAACAACAACAGCAGCAACAACAGCAGCAGGCGGCGGCACAGGCACAAGCCGAGGCGCAGCAGCAGCAGCAACAGCAAUCGGCGGUCGCCGAGAUGCAAAAGCUGCAGGUGAGCGCCGCCGUGGCAGCCGCCAAUGCGAGCAUGUUGAAAACGCAUCGCAUCAACGUGGACUCGAUCAGUGCGGAGAAGCUGACGCUCAACGAUCUGCUGCACUUCAAGCCGGCGCGACAGCGCGACGAGAUCAUACUGCAAAUCAAGCAUCCCACAGAUGCCACAGCCACACAGAUACACACGAUACCCGCACAGCCGCAGCAGCACACGAUGGCGACGAUCACGGCUGGCGGCUACAAUCAGCAGAUCAUAAGCGAGAUCAAGCCGCAGCAGAUCACGCUGGCCCAGUACCAGGCGCAGCAGCAUCAGCAGGCCCAGGCCCAGGCUCAGGCCCAGGCCCAGGCUCAGGCCCAGGCCCAGGCACAGCAACUGGCGCAGCAACAGCUGGCGGCACAGCAGCAACAGUUGGCCGUAGCGGCAGCUGCGGCACAUCAACAGCAGCAACAGCAGCAGGCCGCCGCCGCUGUAGUUGUCCAGCAGCAUCAGCAGCAGCAACAGCAGCAGCAACAUCAGCAGCAGCAGCAGCAGCAGCAGGUGCAGCAGCAACAGCAGCAGCAGCAACAGGCGGCAGCAGCAGCAGCUGCUGUCAAGAUGCAGCUGACCGGCGGCACGCCCACAUUCACAUUCAGCGCACUGCCCACGGUGACGGCAGCCACAUCUGUGCCCGUAACUGUGCCUGUGCCGGUCACUGUGCCGGUGACCGCUGCUCCGGCGGCUGUAUCAAAUGUGAGCGUAAGCGGCGCUGGAACGGCCAACGGGCGCCCAACAGCAGCUGCAGCUGCGGGGGAUAGCUACGAGGAGCGCAUCAACUACUUCAAAGUGAAGGAGGCGGAGCUGCGCUGCAAGGAGCAGCAGCUGGCCACCGAGGCCAAGAAGAUUGAGCUGAACAAGGCGCAGGAUGAGCUCAAAUAUAUGCGCGAGGUGCAUCGCCUGCGCGUCGAGGAGCUCAAAAUGAAGAUACGCAUACUGCAAAAGGAGGAGGAGCAGCUGCAGAAAUGUUCCAGCACAUGAGAUCUGGAGGAUAUAAGCGAUGCGGAGGCGGAAGCGGACGCCGAUCCGGAUGCCGAUCCGGAUGCGGACACGGAUACGGAGGUGGAGGUUGACAUGGAGAUGGAGCACGCCGAGAGGACGGCGCAGGCAGCGCAGGAUGCGUACAUGGAUUUGGAUAUGCAAUUGCUGCUCUAACCCGGAUGCAGCUGGUUACCACAUAGUCUCUAUAUAGUCUAUAACUAUCUUUAAUUAACAUAUAUAUAUAUAUAU